AUGGGGACUGCGACACGAAGCAAGGAGACAACUCGCCGAGGAAGCAUGCACAAACAGCUCGUGUGUACGGCGUCCCAUUCCUCAGCGACAAAUUCGAAUGUAGUGCUGCCGUUGGGCCAUCACCUCGUGAUGGCAACAAAGACAACCUCGAACGCACUAAAUCAGGAGAUGCGCAGUCCUGUCGACACUCUCAAUCCCGACCGCUUCAGUUGGUGGAAAUGUCUUGCACACCCUGACGAAGCAGCUGAUGGCCUCGUUACGGAAGGCUACGCGCGCCUGCAGAUCCUUCUCGCGUAUCUUCUUCCAGAAGUGACGGAUGUGGCAGAACCUGUUGAACUGCAUCAGCUGACUACCCCCCGCGAAGAGGGACAGAAAGGCGAGGCGGCAAGCUUGUCUCGCGCGGAGCGCCGAGACUUCACCGUGAGCAAUCUGAUGCCUUCGCGAGGCUACGUGCGUGUGAGCCUGAACGGCGUCCCCGUCUACCGCAGCGCAGUUCUGGAUAUUUCCCCGGACGCGAUCAACGAGACGGCCGCUGUCGUCAAGGGCGAGAAGGAGGAAGCCCGAUUGCCGAACACCAUUUUUAAUGAGCGCAUUGAGAUCCAGAUCCACCAACCGUACAGCGUGGUGCGAGUGGAGCUUUUCAACCGAGACGUCACUCUCGGCGUCAUAGCAGACGACGACUUGCUGGGUGUCUUCGAAAUGCCCGUCCAGCUGAUGAUUCCUUUCAAGGUUUACGAUCUCGAAGUGGAGUUUCCGCCGCAGUUUCUUCGGGAGGAGAACGAAGACUGGAUUUCUUGCCAGGGUCUGGACUCGCCGUUUAUUCUCGGCGAGAAGAGGCUGGUGUCUCCGGACGCGACGGCUCAACUCCUGCAGACGAAGCAGAUCUUCGACGCCGAGGCCGCUGCCGCCCAGGCCUCCGGCCUCGACGGCCCCGAAGGCUCAGACGGGGCGGAGACAGGGGAUCCCGCGCCGCGCACGCUCGACGCGCCAGUGAAGCGAGAAGCCCGCGAGGCUGCUCAAGAAAGUGCGGAAAAAGUCGACGCUGGAAACGUCGAUUUGCUGACGUGCACGGUGAACGUCGCAGCAGCGGCGGCGGCGUCUGCUCCCCAGGUGUCGGGUCUGAGAUCCUCGUCCUUCACCAUCGAGUCGAGAUCCACCGUGAUUGAUGACUGGGAAGAAAAACCGAGGCCGCCGUUGCUGCCUGAAGGCUACUCCUGCGGUCCCCGACUGCGCUGCUUGUUCAACUUGCAAGUCGUCGGGCGCACCCCGAAGGGCCGAGUUGGAUCAGAAAAAAAACAGGGAAGUUGGUUCUCCGAGAUGUGUGCUCUCGCCCUCCCCAUCAUCGACUCCGCGGACGAGGCCUCGCUGCCUCCCCUAAAUUUCCGAAAAUUCUGGCACGAUGCCAAAAGGCUCAAACAUCUCGCGUGGGACUGCGUGCUGAGCGGCCUCGCAGAGAGCGUCGCCGCGAUUCCGACUUGGGAGAAUCCGUUCGUGUCAGCCUGCUGUCUCGCGAGCGUGAUGGUGGCCACAACGCAGCCGCAAACGAGUUUCGCUCUCAUCUUCCUGUUGAUGGGUGUCUUGUGCCUCAUGCUCUCCCUCACGCCGCUUUCCAACACACGCGAAGCCGCGAUCGCAGCAGCUUCUGUCUUGACAGAUGCGAAGAGGAAACCUCCCGAGGCGGCUCUGGACAGCGACGCACAGGCGGAGAAAGCCGAGCCGGGAAAGGGCGCAGAAUCUCAAUUAUCGGGACAAAAACCUUCGUCACUGCAGGCCUUCGAGAGUCAGCAGCAAUCAGACGAAGCGACGAUGGAAGAUUCUCUUCUCAAGUCUCUCCUAAGUUCUGCCGUGCCGCAGUCUUUCCAUGUCCAACUCCGAAGAGCGCAUAAGCGCCUUUUGAAGGUGACAGCAGCCAUUCUGUAUGCGCACGAAAAACUGCGACAGCGUAGGGAAGUGGUCGUUGGCUUGCUCUGGCUUCUCUCGCUCCUCUCUUUCUACCGCCCUGACAUCACCGGCAUGGCACUUCGCUUCGGCUGUGGCGGCACAGCGGUUCUUCUUCUCGUUCACCGCAUGCCAGUUCUGAGCCCGUGUCUUCGCUUGGCCGUCGUCUUCCUUGCCUACUUGCGUCUCUGGCAUCAGCGGCGCACACGCCAGCACCUCGUGGCAGCUCCGGUCGUCCCGCGCGCAGCUUGA